AUGUCGAGGGCCGCGGGGCUGCGCAACUGGCGGGGCGAAAUCAUUCCGUCGGUUGCGUCUGCUGCACCGUCUGGCGUGGCAUGCGGGACUCGGGGGACGUCGGAGGACUUGUUGCGAAACGUCGUGGCCUCAAAGGGAGCGCAACCAGUUGCAAAUGAGACAGUGUCGACGGUCGAGGACCAGCGGUCACUGCCGACAAUUGUAGUGCAGAAGGACGAGUUUGGUCGUGACGUUCAGGUCGUUGUGGAAAAGUGCAAGCGUGACAAGGAACGUAAGCACAAGCGCAAGCGUUCCGACAAGAGAGGCAGAAAAAGCGGACGAGAUCGAAGCAGCGUGGACAGGUCGAGGUCCUCGAGUCGUCGACGUCGUCGUGGUAGCACACCACCGCCGCCCGACCCGUUUCGUCCAGAGGUACCGUGGAUUGACGAUUGA